UCAUUGAAUGCAGUAACCCAAAUGUUUCGCCAACAGGUAAUAUUCGCAUUUCCUAUAAAAAGCAUAAAAACUAUCUUAUUAACCUUGAGAACAUUGUAGGUGAACUUCCUGUAUUAAGAGAUG